GCAGACGUUUACGUUGCAAAUCUAAUGCCAGUGAAUGAUUUGCGUUGUAAAUAAAUUGAGUUCCUGAGUGUGCGUCGAUAUCGGGUUUGUCUUCAUGCCAUGAACUGUCACCUAUAAAAAAUGGAAGAUAUAAAUAAAUUAAAACGAUCAUUAUUUAUUUUAAAUAAAAGUAUCACUGAAUUCCCAGUUGCUGCAGUAACUCUAGAUGAUUAUAAACCAAUUGAUGAAAAAAUUAGUGAAUUACGUGAAUCAUUAAAAUGUUUGACUGCUAGAGUUAAAACAUUGAAAAUAAAAAUGAGUUUGAAUUCAAUAGAAAAUCCAACGGAAGAAGACGCACCGGCGCUGGUUAAAAAUUUACAGAAUCAUAUAACAAAUAGUGUCAUUAAUGAUAACGCAGUGACAGCUUGCUAUCAAUCUUAUGCUGUCCAACGAGCAUUGUACAAUAAAAAUAUUGAUCCCGAUAUUCUCAAAAAAGUUAAAUUACUUAUGAGCAAUAUAUAUAAUUUUAAUGAUUCAAUUCUCAAGUAUAAAAAACAAUUGUCUGGUAAUUUACUGGAUGAAGAGUUAAAUUUAAAAGAUGAGUCAUAUCAGAUGCUGAUAGAUUAUCAUGAAUUUUUAAAAAUAAAAGAAGGCAUUCGUAAUAAAAAAUUGGCUGAAUCAAAUCCAGAGGUUGCUCAAAAAAAAGCUAAAGCGUUGAAAUUAAUAACUAAAAUAAAUAUGAUGAAAAGAUUGAUAUCAAAUUUCAUCAGUGUGGCUUCGUCAUUGAUUAGAGAAAACCCAGAACUUAAAGAUAUUUUAAAACGGCACAGAGAUUUGAUUGAUUUAGAUAUAAUUAUUGAUACAAAACAUCACGAUCGGAUUGGAGAACCAGAAGAUUAAUAAAAAAAAAUAAUAAUAUUGUGAUUUAAUAAAUAUAAUAAUGGUACCGAAGUUAACCGACGUCUAAUAAUUUUUGGAUUUUUUUAAACGACAAAUUGUAAAAAAAAAUCAUUUUAAAAAUUGCACUCAUAGUUUUUUAAAUUUUCUACAAGUGCAUAUUUUUAGUUUUUUUUUUUUGUCAUUGAUUUGUUGAAAAAAAUAUCCGAAAAUUGUUAAUUAUUUUCUAACUUCAGGAUUAUACAUAAUAUCUGU